AUGACUCCACGGUCAUUCCCAGAGUGUCAGAAUGGCUGUCUGUUCAGGUUAAACUUCAUUUUAAUUAUUUGGAUCUCAACAAUGCACCUAUGGGGGUGUUACCCAACUGUCCCUUCUACGCUGUCCAGGAAAUCUGAUUACUGUCUCAUCCUGCUGAAUAGCUGCUUAGCCAAGCUGGACAGGGGUGAAGAAUUGACUUUUCUAAAUCCUUUCCUGGAGAAGUCUUUCAUUAAAAGGUCCUUUCGCAAUGGAGUUGGAUCAGGAAUUAAAAAAACUUCCUUUCAAAGAGCAAAUUAAUAAAUAACUGCUCAAGAAAGUACUUUAGCAUCUAACAUUUAACUGUGAGCUUAAAAUAAUUUGCAAUGCAUUUCUGUUAUAAAACCAAAAGAGACAAAUGUAUCAGCAUGUUCAUAAUGUAAACAAAUGUUUAUUUCAAAUAGUGCAAGCCAAGUG